AUGUCACCGUCAGCGACACGGCAGAAAACGACCGUAUUACUGGGUACCAAAACGAGGGUUUCACGGCCGCUUACGGGUCGUUUACGGAGCUCCAAUGGACGAUCGGAUGAUAGAAAGACUACACUGGCGAUACCAACAGCGGCAACAAUAACGACAACAGCAACGACAAUGACAACAAGCACCAGUACGACGUCAACAACGACGAUAACAAUUACGGCAACAAUAACAACAACAGCAACGACAGGAAGCACCAGUACAUCGACAACAACCACUAUGUCGACGACAACAAUGACGACAACAGCAACGGACACCAUAACAACAACAGCAACGACAAUGACAACAAGCACCAGUACGACGACAACAACCACUCAAUGUAGUAUAUUUUCUACUCAAACGACAUAUUCAGCUGGCUCUGGCUCUAGCCCGAACUAUGUGGCAGCAGCUGAUGUCAAUGACGACAACAAACUCGACGUUCUUGUUGCAAACUUCAAUGUGAGCAACAUCGGUGUUUUCCUCGAUACAGGCAACGGCACCUUUACUGCUCAAACGACUUAUUCAACUGGCUCCGGCUCUAACCCGAUCUCUGUGGCAGCAGCCGAUGUCGACGGAGACAGCAAACCCGACAUUAUUGUCGCAAACGGGGAUGCGAACAACGUCGGUGUUCUCCUCAACACAGGCAACGGCACCUUUACUGCUCAAACGACUUAUUCAACUGGCUCCGGCUCUAACCCGGUCUCUGUGGCAGCAGCCGAUGUCGACGGAGACAGCCAACCCGACAUUAUUGUCGCAAACACCGGUGCGGACAAUAUCGGUGUUCUCCUCAACACAGGCAACGGUACCUUUACUGCUCAAACGACCUAUUCAACUGGCUCCGGCUCUAACCCGGUCUCUGUGGUAGCAAUCGAUGUCAACGGGGACAGUAAACCUGACAUUAUUGUCGCAAACACCGGUGCGGACAACAUCGGUGUUCUCCUCAACACAGGCAACGGCACCUUUACUGCUCAAACGACCUAUUCAACUGGCUCUAGCUCUAACCCGCUCUCUGUGGUAGCAGCCGAUAUUAAUGGCGACGGGAAACCCGACAUUAUUGUCGCGAACGGGGAUGCGAGCAACGUCGGUGUUCUCCUCAACACAGGCAACGGGACCUUUACUGCUCAAACGACCGAUUCAACUGGCUCGGGCUCUCAGCCGGACUCUGUGGCAGC